GCUCACUCAAAUCUCCUCAUGAUCCAAAAACAAAACAAAAAAACAAAAAAAACCAGAAAAAUGGGGAAGCCCAACAAGCAUCUUUCAUUCCUGGCGAUUUGCGCGAUCCUGGCCGUUCAUCUAACGCUGGCGUCGUCCUCGGCCAUUGAUCUCAUCAGCGACCACCAAUUGAGCUGGAUUGCGGCGAGAUCGGACGGCUGUCGUGGCUCCAUUGGGGAGUGCCUCAUUGCCGACGUGGACUCGGAGCUGGAGAUGGAGAUGGACUCGGAGGGCCACCGGCGCAUCUUAGCGCAGAGGCGGUACAUCAGCUACGGUGCGCUGAGGAGGAACACUGUCCCCUGCUCGCGACGCGGCUCGUCGUACUACAACUGCCGACCUGGCGGCCAGGCCAAUCCCUACUCGCGCGGCUGUAGUGCCAUUACUCGCUGCAGAAGAUAAAGUGGUUUUUUAUUUUUAUUUUUCUUUAAUUUUUUAAUUUCUUCUUUAAUUUUUAUUUUUUUGUGUUAUUAAUAGUAUUGUUAUUACAUAUCUAUGAACGAAUCAGAUCGGUGAUUAUGAACGAAUCUGAUCGCUGAUUGUGUGUUGUAUACAUUAAGAUGAAGAGAUUUGAAUAAGUGUUUAAAAAGAAAAUUCGAUUAUGACUAUAUCAUUGUAAUGCUCUUAUUACACGAAUUUAUUUAUU